AUGGAAAACGCCGUCUCGGCAGCGGAAGAUCCGUCCCUGGAGAAACACUUCAAAGGCCACAGAGAUGCUGUCACUAGCGUGGACUUCAGUCUCAAUAAGAAACAAUUGGCAAGUGGCUCGAUGGAUUCGUGCCUGAUGAUCUGGAGUAUGAGACCUCAGAUGAGAGCCUAUCGCUUUGUGGGCCACAAAGAUGCAGUGAUGUGUGUUCAGUUUUCACCUUCUGGUCACCUGGUGGCUUCAGGCUCUAGAGACAAAACAGUCCGUUUAUGGAUUCCUAGUGUCAAAGGAGAAUCUACUGUCUUCAAGGCUCAUACGGCAACUGUAAGAAGUGUUCAUUUCUCCAGUGAUGGCCAGUCCUUAGUUACAGCUUCUGAUGACAAAACGGUCAAAGUGUGGACGGUUCACAGGCAGAAGUUCCUGUUCUCACUUAGUCAACACAUAAACUGGGUUCGCUGUGCCAGAUUCUCUCCUGAUGGACGAUUAAUAGUGUCAGCCAGUGAUGAUAAAACUGUCAAACUGUGGGAUAAAACCAGCAGAGAAUGUAUACACUCCUUCUGUGAGCAUGGGGGGUUUGUGAAUCAUGUGGAUUUUCAUCCCAGUGGUACAUGCAUUGCUGCGGCUGGUACAGAUAACACAGUGAAAGUAUGGGACGUUAGGAUGAAUAGACUUCUUCAACAUUAUCAAGUGCACAGUGCUGUGGUAAACAGUCUUUCCUUUCACCCCUCUGGAAACUAUCUGGUUACUGCUUCCAAUGAUUCAACUCUUAAAAUACUGGACUUGCUAGAAGGAAGACUUCUGUAUACCCUUCAUGGUCACCAGGGACCAGCCACCUGUGUAGCCUUUUCAAGAACUGGAGACUUUUUUGCCUCUGGAGGUUCUGAUGAACAGGUGAUGGUGUGGAAGACUAACUUUGAUGCAGCAGAUUAUGGCGAUGUACUGAAAACGCAGAAGUCUGGCACUAGUGUGGAUGGGACUCAUCACACUCUGCAAUCAGAAAUGGAUUGUGGUGUUCAUCUUAAGAAAACAAAACCUCAGGAUUCUGGUAGAAACCAUGCACAGCAAGAUGAGGAGACCAGUCUCGCAAAUACCUUGGAGCAUAUUAUGGAACAGCUGGAUGUUCUGACUCAGACGGUUUCCAUCCUGGAGCAGAGGCUGACACUCACUGAAGACAAGCUGAAGGAAUGUCUUGAGAAUCAGCAGAAAAUCAUUCAGAACAAAACAAGCUGAUUUCCUGAGAGAAGAUGGGAGCUGAAGGCAUUGGGAGGUUUGAGGUUGUUUGUGUUCCUAACAGACUGUGUGUGACUUGCUUUAAUGAUUUUGAGCACAAUCUAUUUUUCAAUUGGAAUGUACAGUUAUUGUAUCUGUAAAAAAGCUUUGUUACUUUACUAAAAUAAAAGGAAUAUUUUA